UUUCGAACAGUCAUAUAAUAAAAUGCCAAAUCGUGAAGAAGUUGUAAAUUUCGGUGCAGGUCCAUCUACAUUACCAACUGCAGUACUUGAAAAGGCUGCACGCGGUCUUUUAAACUACAAUGAUCUCGGUAUGGGUAUCGCUGAGAUUUCACAUCGUUCAAAGGACUUUAAAGCUGUUUAUGAAAAGACAAUAAGUGAUUUUAAGACCCUCAUGGAGGUACCAGAUACCCACGAAGUCGUUCUCAUGCAAGGUGGUGGUAUGGGUGCAUUCUCCACCGUUGUUCUCAAUCUUCUCGCUGCUUGGAGACUCAAGAACCCAGAAAGCGAUGCGAAAACUACGAUCGAUUACAUCGUUACAGGUAGCUGGUCUAACAAAGCAGCUGGCGAGGCUAAAAGGUUGACUACUGAUACUAACGUCUCCGUCAACGUCGCUUUAGACGCUCGCAAGCACAGCCAAGAUGGAAAAUCGUUUUCGACUAUCCCACCAGCAAAUCAAUGGAAUUAUUCUGCUGAUCCGGCUUUGGUUUACUACUGCGAUAAUGAGACCGUCAACGGUGUUGAGUUUGAUAAGAGCUUCCCAUAUGAGUCACUCCCACCAGACGCCAAUCUUGUAGCUGAUGUUUCAUCAAACAUCCUUUCACGCAAGAUUGACAUUAGCAAGCAUGCUGUUGUUUACGGUGGUGCUCAAAAGAAUGCAGGUAUUGCUGGUGUUACACUCGUUAUUGUCCGCAAGGAUCUCCUCGUUGACACUGACGCUGCAUUCAAGUUGGGUGGUAUUCCUCAAGUUCCACAUUUAUGUGAUUACAAGCGUCAUGCUGAUAAUGAGAGUAUGUACAACACACCACCAAUGUUUGCAAUUUACGUCUCUGGAUUGACAUUUGAACAUAUCAAGAGCCAUGGUGGUUUAGAUGAAUACUCUAAGCUCAGUGAUAGGAAGAGCAAGAAGGUGUAUGAUGUUAUUGACAACUCUAAUGGUUUGUAUAACCCUAAGGUCUCGGUGGAAAGCAGAAGUCGUAUGAAUGUUGUCUUUACACUGCCAGAUGAAGACACAGAGAAGAGAUUCCUCGCUGAGGCAGACAAGUUGGGAUUGAAGAACUUGAAAGGACACAGAUCUGUUGGAGGAAUCAGAGUGUCACUUUACAAUGGAAUCACAGAGGAGGACACCGAUAAGCUUAUAGGAUUUAUGAGAUUGUUUAAGUAGAUUGUAUAGAAUAAUGUAAUUAUUCAUCUUACAUAUGA